UUAUUAAGGUUAUAAAGGAAAUUGUAUACAUAAGUUCGUCAAAGCUUUCAUACACUAUAAUGAGUGCAGUUCAUGUUGAACACUUCUUAACAUGUAUAGCCUAUGACAAUUUCCUUCAAAUUCAGUUUUGAAAUUACUUUUAUUGGCCAAUACAUGCUAUUUGUGCAAUCAAUGGUAAUAAAUUGCUACAUGCCAGGAUGUUUGAUUUAUCAAUGACAUUUCGUAAUAUUUGCUUCGAAUUCAAUAUUAAAAGGGUUGAUUUGCAAGAUGCUGGCUGCAUUGUGAACGUUCUGCGGGUUUCCAUACACAAACAGACGGUACUUUAAACGAUGAGGUCAAUCAUUUUUCUUUUAAUUCUUGUCGGAACUACUUUUGCAGUUGGCAAAGGUGGUUAUAGGUACGGAAGCGGAUAUGGGAGUGGAUACGGAGACCGGAUAGGAGGUUCAGGGGGAGAUGUCGUCAUCUUGACAAGCGGCGGAGGUGGUAGUUCGGAAGGUGGAUUUGCUCGCGGCAUAGGAGGCAGUGUCAGUGCCGGAAAUAUUGUCGGUGGAUACGGAAGUGGUAUAGGAGGCGGUGUUGUAAGAGGUGUGAACGGCGGUACUGGGGGAAGCAUUGUUCUCGUCACAGGAGAAGGGAGCUUGUCUGGGGGUAAUAUGGGAGGUAGCUAUGGAGUGGGAUAUGGAGGCGACUACGGUAGAAUAAGUGGUGCCACGGACGGUGGAGCAUUGGGCGGUGGAUAUGGAGGCGGAUAUGGAGGUGGAUACGGCGUAACGGGAGGAGGGGCUGGUAGAAAUACUGGAGUUGUCAUCAGACUUGUAGGAUCAUCAGGUGGUGUAUAUGAUGGCGGUUAUGGUGGCAUGAGCGGAGAUGGCGCUUAUGGUGGAGGAUAUGGUAACGAAUAUGGCGGUAAUUACGGAGGUGUGGAAGGUCUAUCAGGAGGUGGCUAUGGUAUGGGAGACAGCACUGGGGGCGGUAUUAUUAUUCUAGGAAGUGGAGCUGGAGGCGGAGUUGGUGGAGGGCUAACCAGCGGUGGAUAUGGAGGUGGUUAUGGAGGCGGUUAUGGCGGUGCUUAUGGUGGAUCAGGAAGCUCUGAUGGCCUAACCGAUAGUUCCGUAGUCCGAGUUGUAACUAGAGGAGGUUCUGGUAGUGGUGGUUUUGGUGGUAGGAUUGGAGGCGGCGUAAGAGGUGGUUUUGGUGGAGGAGUACGCAGUGGCGUUUCCCUUACCAAAAAAUACUAAAUGCAAUGACAGUUGCUAAAUUCUUUAUGGUAUUAAACGCGCUUAACCUUACCAGAUUACCUACGAGAUUAACAGUUAAAUAUUCUCAUGCUUUGAUUGCAUAUAAUAUUCCUACCAGAACAAAAAGCCGAACCUUUUUCAUAUGCACACGUUGUGGACAGUGACAUCUUGGCAAAUUAAU